CUUGUGUUCACAAACAACAUCCAUUCCCUUUUCUCUCCUUCUCCUCUCUCUCUCUCUCUCUCUCUCUCUCCUAUAUUCAAACCUAAACAUAUAGAUACACAAAAAUGAUGGCGUCUCCGCCGGAACUGAGCCUCGAUUGCAAGCCCCACAGCUACUCUCUGCUGCUAAAAUCCAUUGGAGAACAACAAGCAGCUGAUCAAACCCUAAAGCUCGAAGAAUUCCUCGCUCACCUCGAAGAAGAAAGGCUCAAGAUCGAUGCCUUCAAACGCGAGCUUCCCCUCUGCAUGCAACUCCUCAAUAAUGCAAUGGAGGCUUCAAGGCAGCAACUGCAGAGCUACCGAGCGAAUCAAGGGCCGCGACCGAUACUCGAAGAAUUCAUUCCCCUAAAACAACCAACCUCUGAAUUAUCCUCAGACAUCAAGGCCUCAUCCAACGUGUCCGAUAUGGCGAACUGGAUGACAUCUACUCAACUGUGCAGCCAAACGAGCGAUAUCGGGGCCAGAAAACAACUUCAACAGACAAUUUCUAGUUCCCCUAACAAAGAAACAGAAAUCGGGUUUAGUGUUAGUACUACGCUGGGAUUGGAAACCAAGCAGAGGAUUAAUGGGGGAGCUUUCCACCCAUUCUCCAAGGAGAGGAAUUCUCUCCCGGAAUUGGCUCUUGUUUCCGUGGACAAGGAGAUUGAGGACAAGAAGUGUUUGGAGAUUGGGAAUGGAGUUGAUUGUUUGAGGAGAGAGAAUAACUGUGGGAUGGUUGAGCAGGGACAAGGUGGAAAUGUUCAGCCGGAGUCGCAAACAAACGCCGGUGGUGGUGGUGGUGGUGGAGGCGCGGCGGGAGGAGCAGGUGGUCAAGGUCAUAGGAAGGCGAGGAGGUGUUGGUCGCCGGACUUGCACCGGCGGUUCGUGAGUGCUCUUCAGAUUUUAGGUGGUUCUCAAGUAGCGACACCAAAGCAAAUCAGAGAGCUAAUGAAGGUUGACGGUUUGACCAACGAUGAAGUUAAAAGCCACCUCCAGAAAUAUAGACUUCACACCAGAAGGCCAAGUCCAAGCCCACAAGCAGCUGGCGCUCCAGCACCCCAGUUAGUCGUCCUGGCCGGUGGCAUAUGGGUCCCGCCGGAGUACGCCGCCGCGGCGCACGGGGGAGCCCCACACACCCUCUACGGCGCACACCCGACCACCCAUGCCUCGGCACACUACUGUGCACCGCAGGUGCCCCAAGAGUUCUAUCCAGCGCCACCGGUUCCCCAGUUGCACCACCACACCCUCCACCAGCAGCUCCACAUGUACCACCAGACGUCGCCGGAAUCCGACGUCAGGGGCGGCGGAGACCGGUCGGAGAGCAUGGAAGACGGGAAGUCGGACAGCGGCGGGAGCUGGAAGGCCGGCGAAAGCGGCGGCGAGAACGGCGGUGGAGAGAGGAAAGGUGAAGAGAGCAAUGGAAGUGAUAUCACCCUCAAGUUCUGAUAGGGGUAGGGUUGGAAUUUUGGUUUGAUUUAAAAUUAUCUAAUUUAUGUGUAGAAGGAGGGGUAAAAGGGGGCAUAAAGAAAAAGUGUGCGUUUGUUUUUUUGUUAGUAGUACUAUUAAAGUGGAGUAUCCAAUUAUCCCAUUGUAUGCUUUUUCACGUUUUCCUAUUUUCGUGAAAAUUGAAGAUUGGAUUU